AUGUAUCAAAGACACAUUACUUCGCCCUUUGUCAGGGACUUGCCGCACUCGGCCAAAGAACUGACAGUGGGAUGGAUUCCACGCGUGAAGAAAGAGGUCACGUGGGGACGGGCUCUGGUGCCGGACGAGCAGGACGAGAGCGACCGGACGGCGGGAGUUCACGGCGCAGCCGGCUUAAACUCUUCUUCAGACUCUGAGAUGCACGCGGCAGACGGUGUGAGUACAAGCGCUGAAAAGACUCAAUUUCUCGCGGACACGACGCGCAACAACUACUGGGCGAUCGUAACGACGGGCGCGGGGCUUUUCUCAGAUGGGUACAUCAACAACUCGAUUAGCACGGUUAACGCGUGUUUGUCGCAGAUCUACGGAAAGCAGUAUUCUGCGUCCAAUGCGAUCCAAAACGUGUCGUCAAUUGCGUUCGCGGGAACCGUGGUUGGCCAGCUCUCAUUCGGAUAUAUUUCAGAUUACCACUCCAGAAAGGUGGCAAUGAUUGUCGGCACCUCUAUCCUGAUUUUGUUCUCGAUUCUGGCCGCGGGUGCGUGGGGCGUGGGCACCACGGGCACACAGGCGGGUGGGCUUUUUGCUGCAAUUACAGCGUACCGUUUCUUUCUAGGUAUCGGUAUUGGCUCCGAGUAUCCCGCAGGGUCAACUGCAGCGGCCGAGGCCUCUAACUCGCUACCCGCAGGCAAGCGUAAUCGUUGGUUUUGCUGGUUCACAAAUUUCAUGAUUGAUGCAGGAUUUGUAGUCAGUUCCGUUGUGCCAUUGAUCUUGCUCCGCAUCUGCGGCGACAAUCACCUGCAACCCGUGUGGAGAAUUACCAUCGGGCUCGGUGCGAUUCCACCAAUCUCGCUCUUUUUCUUGCGUCUGCGCUACAAAGAAAGCAAACAGUUUGAGAAUACGAGAUUCAAUCGUACUAUGCCUUACUGGAGAAUUUUCAAAUUUUACUGGUUCCGUCUCCUCAUUGUCUCGCUGAUCUGGUUCCAGUACGAUUUGAUCGCAUACUCUUUUUCAAGUCUCUCUAGUUUGAUUCUUGAUGGCAUCCUGGGCGACAACGCCACGUUAACCAAAACAUUCGGUUGGAAUAUCGUCUUCAACCUAUUCUACAUCCCAGGUGCAUUCUUGGGUGCCAUUUUCGCAGACUAUUGGGGCCCUCGAGUCACCUUAGUCUCAGGAGUUCUGGCGCAAGCUAUCAUAGGCUUCAUCAUGGCCGGCUGCUUCGAACAUCUUAAAAAACACAUCGCUGCUUUCACGGUUGUAUUCGGUAUUUUCACUGCCCUUGGAGAGUUCAGCGUGGGCGAUAACAUCGGUCUGCUAGCUUCCAAGACCUGUGCUACGCCUAUCAGAGGACAGUACUAUGGUAUCGCAGCAGCCGUUGGCAAAAUUGGUGCUUUUGUGGGAACGUACAUCUUCCCCGCAAUUAUCAAGAAGUAUGGGGGAUAUGGAGAACUCAAGGUACCAUUUUGGAUUGUUUCCGCAAUAUGUUGCUUCAGUGCGUUCCUAGCUCUGUUUUUCCUGCCUCCGCUUGACCAGGAUGCUAACAUUAUGGAAGACCAGUUAUUUUUGGAGUAUCUCGAAAGUACUGGCUUCGACCUUGCACAGUUGGGAACACUCUCUUCGGACAGCGAUGUCGAAAGAGUAACUAUCCAGGAUAUUCCCAAAGGCGAGUUGCCCCACGAAGAUUAA